UAUGCGCUCUGGUGCAGGCCCGAGGAGAGGCUUACUGGAGGUUUCUGUGGGGAGAAGAGGGAGCCAGACAGGCGACAGUCAGCGCUGUCUUGGCCUCAGGGCAGAGGCAGGGAGCGAGCAGGCGAACCAAUGAGAAGGAGACAUCCACUCCCCUCAGUCCUGCCCGGCUUGGCUCAGCUCGGCGCGCCCUGUAAUUAGGAGCUCUAGUUGGGUUGGGCGCCGCCACGGUGGACAGCCUGGCUGCUGCGUCAAGGGAGUUUGGGAACGCCAGCUCCAGACUGCGUGUGGAUUUCUGAACACUGCUGGUUUCAGAGUUUAGAGCAGGAACACAGGAAAAAAAAAAAAGAAAAAAGAAAAAGCAAAAGAAAUCCUGAAAAUGAACGGGCAACCCUCACCUGUGUUCGAGGAGAAGAAACCCUCGCUCCCCGUGGCUGGGAGCUCCAUCUCGGCCACCAAGGAUUCCCCGACCCUGCCGGAGUCCUCAUCCACAGACAUGGGCUUCUACAGCGGCCAGAGCGCGCUCCACGGCUCGCCGGAUUUCUACCCGGCACAGCAGCCGUACUCAGCUCAGCACAUGAACCCGUACGCAUACCACUAUAACUUGAACGGGAUGGCUCCCGGCGGUGCGUACCCUGUUGGCAAGACAGAGUACCCGUACCCUCAUGCAACAUACAGGGAGCACGGUGCGUUCAGCAGGGAGGUGCAGUCAGCGAUGCAGGACAGUGUGAAAGAAGAACCAGACAUGGAGGUUCGGAUGGUCAACGGGAAGCCCAAGAAGGUGCGCAAGCCACGGACCAUCUAUUCCAGCUACCAGCUGGCAGUCCUGCAGAGGAGAUUCCAGUCAGCCCAGUACCUGGCCCUGCCGGAGCGGGCUGAGUUGGCAGCACAGCUGGGCCUCACACAGACACAGGUCAAAAUUUGGUUCCAGAACCGUCGCUCCAAGUUUAAGAAGCUCUACAAGAAUGGAGAGUUUCCACUCGGGGAAAUUCCUCUUGAGCAUAGUCCAGACGCCAGCGAUUCCAUGGCCUGCAACUCUCCUCCAUCUCCAGCUGUGUGGGAAACCAACAGCAACAGUAACAACAAUAACAACAACAGCAGCAGCAACAAUAGCAGCAACAGCAACACAAACAGCAGCGGCAGCAGCAGCAGCGGCGGCAGCAUCAAAAAUAAUGCAAUGCUGGAUCCUACCAGCAGGGGGCAGGGUCCCUAUCAGCCUCCAGUUGAUUCCUCACCCACCUACAUGGGGGAGUAUACACACCAGAACUGGUACCAGCAGCCAGGUGCACAUUUAGGUCUGCCACCGACGGGCCCGACGCACCACACACCAUCAACAGCGCCGUCAGCCACACAGAGUAUGGGAGCCGUUUACUGAAACUCUCAUUUCUGGACUCUGGCUGAACGAUUUGAACGGAGCCCUGUGCUUAAACACCGGGGGGAUUUUAUGGAUGAUGGAGUGGAGCGCUGUUGUGACCAGAAACACCUGACAGUGAUCAUCAGACACGAGUCAUGACUGUAAAACCUGACACACAUGUGGUAAAACAGCCUUUUCUGCAGUAAAUGUGGAUUGAAAAAAAAAGUGCUGGCCUCAGUCACCCUGUUGUUCUCCUCUCUGGAGUUUAUAAACCCAUAACAUCGAGGUUAGAACAGAGCCUGGGAAUGACUGAUGUGGGUUUUUCAGAGCUGAGACUGAUACUGACAUUUUUAUUUCAAAUCACUGAUGAUAUUUUCUGUAUUUAAUAUGUUUAAUAUGACCAUAUUUAUGUUAAAAACUUCUGAAAUCCUUCUCCUGGAAAUGGCCCUUGACACAACAUUUUCACAGUAAAACUGAAUUCUACUGAAAUUCUCCCAGUGAAUUGAAACCCAGCACAUUUUACAGAUUUUUUUUUUUUUUUUUUUUUUACAGAGAACAGGUCUGUAACUGUGAUUAGUCACUAUGUUAAGGGUGGACAACACUGAAAGGCUGAUAACCUUUUAAAAUAAAACAUCAAUAUCGACCCGACGGAGGAAUCAAACCCUGGAGAAGCGAUUAAAUAGGGUUUUAAAAAAAUACAAACCUUCAGUCACUGAAUUAGUUAGAAGUUAAUUUCCACCAGGGAGAACAUCAUAGACUGAACAACACAACCAAACAUUGUUUGCGUCCAUCUACAUUUUUUUUUUUUUUGUGUAAAAAUUCUUUUCCCUACAAAACAUGGUUCUGGCUGAUAAAAACAGAACUGUACGUGGACGUGAAUGCUGGGAUUAAAUAUGUACACACAGCAACAGGCAAGAACAUCAUGAAGAGCCAACAAGUGAAACUGUAGAUUCAAAGUCGAACUUUUAAUUUCAUGUCAUCUAGAUGAGGAUUGAAUAGAGCAAAUAUGUGACUGCGAUAUUUUUCUGUCCCCGAGUCUGCAACUAUCAUCAUUAUGACUUUGUAAAAGGGAAACUCCACCAGUUUCACACAUCAAAGUCAGUUUGCAGGUGUUGGGGAGUCCUACUGUGUAUGUGAAAAGGUUGUAUAAAACCUUUUGUGUGUCCAGAGGGAGCAGCACGAGUCUGAUCAGCUGCCUCGAGUGAAGUCACUUUAGUCAACGUCUGUGGGUCCUGAAGGGUAUAAGCUUCUGUAGCCCCACUGCUCCCCCACGGCUACAUGAGCCGCUAUUUGCAUAACACCCCUCAAUCUGAGACCAAACUGUGAGCAGUUGAAUUGCAUUGUGUCCAUAGGUGCCAGGUUUUGGCAUGGAAGAGGAAUACAUGGAAUAAAAAAGAUUAGAGUUUUUUUUUAAACUGUCCAUCAUGAGUCCAGCAAUGUUACAGGAGUACUCUGUUAAGGGCCUGUAAAAGUCGAUUACAUGUACUCAAAGGUGUUCACACUACUGCAAAAUAUUUUGCUUUUUCAGUUUCUUCCCUCCCAUGUGACCUUGAGCUGAUGUUUUAUAAUCACUGUGAAAAGGAAAAAGCCUUAUGAAAUCACAUUUUUCAAGUCAGACCACAUGGACAUCUGCUACAAAAUUGGAUCCCCAAGGCUUGAAGACUUGAGUUUAAUUUGUCAGUGUUGCUAUGAGAGAAUGUCCAAGUAUCCGCAUAAUGUCAGCAGCAGUUUGGCUCAGCCAGUUUUGGGAUGAAGGACGACGACACAGCGACGGAAACAAAGCAGAACCAACUUUUCGGAUUUAUACAGGAUAAUUUGCUUGCUGUCUUUCAUUAGACUGCCUCUACUUUUUUAAUGCACAUUUUCUGUUUAAAAAAAAUGUUUAAUCUCCGACUCAAAACUGAGAUAACCCUAAUGAUGUCACUAUGACAUCACCAGGGUCAUUUUCUCAGAGCUAUCAAAGCCUCUCCAGCUGCUACAGAAAACACUGCGCAGCUGUUUUUGCAAACUGUGUCAUGCUCCGCCAUGACAAGUAAUCCGAUUGCCAUGUGUCAGAUUGUUGGAGUGGCCCUUUAAUUCCUAACUACAAGGCCCUGACAUCUGUAAAAAUAUCCAUCAAGAGCAAAAGUGAUCGUGAGUUGGUAAUUAAACAUUUAAAAAAUAAGUUGUAUAUAUUGUACUAACGUGCUGUACUCAGGUCUUUUUAUUUAUAGAGUAAACUGUAGAUCAAAAGUGGCACAACAGUUUGUGCCUUAAAUGCAUUUGUUUUUCAGAGAAUUAGUAAAAAAAAAAAAAAAUGUUUACA